UAAAACAUGAUGUGGUUACAAUUGGCAAUUCUGUCAUUAGGUGCUGUUUUUGUAUGUGAAGCAAUGGUUGUACAAGAAUUUUGUAUGACUCCAUAUCUCCACCAAGGUUUAUGUAUACCCCUGCAGGAGUGCCCUUCAAUUUUUGAAAUGGCUUCAGAUUUCAAUACACCCAUGACACUAGAAAGAUUGGAUUUUCUUAUCGAAUCGCAAUGCGGAUACGAUGGCUACAAUCCAAAAGUUUGUUGUCCCGUUGCAGAACUUGUAAGAUCGCAAGUGAAUUAAGACUUUUACAAUUUUUCCGAUGGCAGUAUUGGCCAGGCGGUAUGAUACUGUGAUGUCCUGUUAAAUAAAUAAAUAAAUAAAUGUAGAAGAAACGUAUUAUGAUUAUUAGUAGAAGUAUUUUAAGAUAUUUAUAAAUUGUAAACCAUUUAUUUUGUUAACAACUAAUAUAUUUUUUGUUAAAAUAAAUUAUAUUUGUUUUUUAAUGUCAAACUGAUGUUUUUAAUAAUUGUAAUAAAAG